AUGCCUGAGCCGGCCAAAAAAACAGUUUCAGCAUUUGUCAAGAAGCCAAAGACCCAGGAAGCAGAGGAAGGGUCGUCCGUGCUCUUUGAAGCUGAGACUGAGAAGCCUGACGCUAAAGUCAAAUGGCAGAACAACACGAAGGACAUCACCAGCGGCGACAAAUACGGGAUCACAGCUGACGGAAACAAACACUCGCUCACUAUUAAAAAUGUGGCCCAGGAAGAUGCUGGUGUUUACGCCGUCAUUGCUGGAGGAUCAAAGGUCAAGUUUGAGCUGAAAGUGGCUCCAAAGAAAGCACCAGCUGAGGCUCUGACUGGUGAACCAGCCCAGACGCCAACUGCGCCUGCGGAGGCGCCGGCCCCAGUGGACCCUGCACAGGAGGCCCCUGCACCUGAGGAGGGCCAAGUUCCUGACACCAGACAAGAUCUGACUGGACUGUUCACAGAGAAACCUCAGAGUGGAGAGGUCACUGUGGGAGAGAACAUCAUAUUUGUGGCUAAAGUCAACGCAGAAUCUCUGCUGAAGAAACCAACCAUCAAGUGGUUCAAAGGGAAAUGGAUGGACCUUGCCAGCAAGUCUGGGAAACAUCUGCAGUUAAAGGAAUUGUACGAUCGAAACUCCAAGAUCUACACAUUUGAGAUGCACAUAAUGGCAGCAAAGGCGAACUUCGCUGGAGCGUACAGAUGUGAGGUUUCAUCUCGAGAUAAGUUUGACAGCUGUAAUUUUGACUUAACUGUCCAUGAGUCCCGUGGCACAGAAGGUUUUGACAUCAGAGCAGCAUUCAGACGCACUAGCAACGAGGGGAAGGAGGACUCCGGGGAGCUGGAUUUCAGCACUUUGCUGAAGAAGAGUGCUGCGCAGGCUCAUGCAGAGCUGGACACAGACGUGUGGAACAUCCUCCAAAGCGCUCCGGCUUCCGAAUAUGAGAAAAUUGCCUUCCAGUAUGGCAUCACUGACCUCCGGGGAAUGCUCAAGCGACUCAAGAAGAUGAAGAAGGAAGAGAAGAAGAGCGCAGCUUUCAUGAAAAAGUUGGAUCCCGCCUACCAAGUGACCAAGGGACACAAAAUAAAGCUGGCAAUUGAGGUUGCAAAUGCAGAUGUUGACGUGAAAUGGCUGAAGAAUGGGCAAGAAAUUCAACCCACGGGAAGCAAGUACAUCUUUGAGAGUGUCGGAAACAUGCGUUACCUCACCAUCAAUCACUGCUCACUGGCUGACGACGCCGCCUACAGCUGCGAGGUGGCGGGUGAGAAAUGCACCACCGAGCUUUUUGUGAAAGAGCCUCCUGUCCAGAUUCUCAAGAAUCUGGAGGACCAGAUGGUGAUGAAGGGCGAGCGUGUGGAGUUGGAAUGCGAAGUAUCAGAGGAGGGAGCCAGCGUGAAGUGGGAGAAGGACGGCGUGGAGCUGACUAGAGACGAGUCAUUCAAAUACCGCUUCAAGAAGGACGGCCUGAAGCAUGUUCUGAUCAUAAAUGAGGCCUCCAAAGAAGACUGUGGUCACUACAAGGUGAAGACCAACGGCGGCGAGUCGGUGGCCGAGCUCAUGGUGCAGGAGAAACAGCUGGAGGUGUACCAGAGCAUCGCGGACCUCACCGUUCAGGCGAAGGACCAAGCCGUUUUCAAGUGUGAGGUUUCAGAUGAGGGCGUGGCGGGGACCUGGUACAAGAAUGGCGUUGAAGUGAAACCGGACGCCAGAGUGAACAUCACACACAUUGGCAGAAUGCACAAGUUGACCAUUGAUGACGUGAAACCUGAGGAUGAGGGCGACUAUACCUUUGUUCCCAACGGCUACGCUUUCAACCUCUCUGCAAAACUCAACUUCUUAGAGGUGAAGAUCGAUUAUGUUCCACGCCAAGAUCCUCCCAAAAUCCACCUGGACUGCAUGGGUCGCACAGCUGAGUCCACCAUUGUUGUUGUUGCCGGGAACAAACUGCGACUGGAUGUGCCGAUCACUGGGGACCCUGCUCCCACUGUGGUCUGGACCAAGGGGGAAAAGGUUGUCAUAGAUGGCGAUGGCAGGGUCCAUGUUGAAACCACCAAAGGUCACUGUAUCUUCACCAUUGAGGGAACUGAGCGACAGGACGAGGGGGUCUACUCUGUCGUGGUCCGUAACCCUGCCGGCGAAGACACAGCAGACAUCAACGUUAAAGUCGUGGAUGUUCCAGAUCCUCCUCAGGCCCCCCAAAUCCUCAGCGUAGGUGAAGACUCCUGUGUCGUCCAGUGGGACCCCCCUCUUUUUGAUGGUGGACAGCCGAUUAUCGGGUAUGUUGUGGAGAGAAAGAAGAAGAAAAGCUACAGGUGGAUGAGGCUGAACUUUGACCCCUACACUGACACGACGUAUGAGGCCAAGCGGAUGAUUGAAGGAGUCGAAUAUGAGAUGAGGGUCUACGCCGUCAACAGCAUCGGCAUGUCUGGUCACAGCGCGGCGUCGCAGCCUUUCGUACCAGUCGCACCAACAAGCGAGCCAGUUGGACUCUGUGUGGACGACAUCACUGACACUUCUAUCUCGUUGAAGUGGCGAGCGCCUGAGAGGCUCGGUGCAGCUGAACUGGAGGGCUAUGGCGUGGAGUACUGCAAGGAGGGCACGGACGAGUGGAUCCCUGCCAUCCAGGGCCUGACUGAUAGAACCUCACUGGUGGUCAGGGGACUGACCACUGGAGACAGGCUGCAGUUUCGUGUUCGAGCCUUCAACAUGGCCGGCCCAAGUGCUGCCGCCACUCUCGCGCAGCCAAUCACCAUCCGCGAGAUCAUGCAACGUCCCAAAAUAAGGCUUCCCUGGCAACUUCGUCAGACUUUGAUCAAGAAAGUUGGAGAAUCAGUCAAUCUGGUCAUCCCAUUUCAGGGUAAGCCCAGGCCACAGGUGACAUGGAGCAAAGAUAAGGAACCACUGGACCCCGCACUGGUCAGCCAGCGGAACAGCGAGGUCGACACGAUCCUCUUCAUUCGCAAGUCAGAGAGGAAACAUUCGGGCAAGUACGAUCUCAACGUACAGAUUGAGAACGUGGAGGACUCGGCCAGCAUCACCCUGCAGAUAGUCGAUGUACCUGGUCCUCCACAGGACUUGAAAGUCUGCGAUGUCUGGGGGUUUAACGUCGCCUUGGACUGGAAGCCUCCGAAAGACAACGGCAACAGUGAAAUAACCGGGUACUGCGUCCAGAAAGCUGACAAGAAAACCAUGGAAUGGUUCACCGUCUGCGACCAGUACCGCAGAACUAACUGCGUAGUGUCCGACCUCAUCAUGGGCAAUGAGUACGUAUUCCGGGUCUUCGCCAUCAACCUGGUGGGUCCAAGUCCGGUUCCAUGCAACACCAAAGAGGGUGUUUACAUCCAGAAAACAGGCAUCAUCUAUAAACCACCCACCUACAAGGACCUGGACUUCUCAGAGGCGCCGAAGUUCACGCAUCCUCUUGUCAAUCGCUCGGUCAUCGCCGGGUACAACGCAACACUGAGCUGUUCAGUGCGCGGAACCCCUAAGCCCAAGGUGACCUGGUACAAGAAUAAGAUGGACAUCACCAACGAAGCCAAAUACCGUAUGCUGAGUAAACAAGGCAUUGUAACCCUGGAAAUUCGUAAACCGUGCACCUUCGAUGGAGGAGUGUACACGUGCAAAGCUGUCAAUGACAGUGGCGAGGACAGCGUCGAGUGCAAACUGGAGGUUCGCCCUCAAAUCACAAAGGAAGAGAAGAAGUAGACGGUGGGCUGCGCUGACUCGGUUUAUGGCAGCAGCUCGUGCUGCUGUGCUUCUGUUUUGGCGACGACAACAAGCAGAAAAUGUGUCUCCUGCCUGGCUGACACAUUUCAACACACUCACUUCACACGGCACAAAC